AUGGCACCUAUGACACGCUAUAGGGCUAGUGACGAUCAUGUACCCAACCCGCUUGCGCAGGAGUACUAUACUCAGCGGGCUCAUACGCCGGGCACUCUCAUUAUCACGGAGGGCACUUAUAUUGAUGAUCGUGCUGGUGGGCAGCCUAAUGCGCCUGGUAUCUGGAAUGACGAGCAAAUAGCAGCAUGGAAGCCUAUUGUCGACAAGGUGCAUUCCAGCGGCUCGUUCAUGGUAGUCCAACUCUGGGCCUUGGGACGCUCAGCACAUCCAGAAGUACUGGCCGCCAAAGGACACCCAUACGUUAGCGCUUCAGACGUUCAGCUCAGCCAUCGCUCUUCACCACCUCGGCCUUUGACUAAAGCCGAGAUCGCGGAGUAUGUGCAAUUAUAUGCCACUGCCGCGACGAACGCGAUCAAGGCAGGCUUUGACGGAGUGGAGAUACACUCGGCGAACGGCUACCUUCUGGAUCAGUUCUUGUCGACGGCAAGUAACGCUCGCGAUGACGAGUAUGGGGGCAGCGUUGAAAACCGGAUUCGCUUCGCCAAAGAGGUCGUCGAUGCCAUCGCAGGCGCCAUUGCAUCCAACAGAACAGCCAUACGAUUCAGUCCUUGGGGAACCUUCCAAGAUAUGGGGAUGGCCGACCCAAGGCCGACCUAUACAGCGCUCGUCGAAUACUUGAAGGACUCGCACCCAGAUCUAGCUUACAUCCAUGUUGUCGAGCCUGAAGUCGAGGGAAAGCGAGUUGAAGAUGUCGUGCACUCCAACGCUUUCAUUCAUGACAUCUGGUCACCAAGACCUCUUAUUCGCACUGGCGGCUUUGAUAAGGAGACGGCCUUAGCGGCUGCACGGUCGAAGGACACGCUCGUGGGCUUUGCCCGCAACUAUCUGGCCACGCCCGAUUUGGUGUACAGGCUGAAGAAUGGUAUUGAACUCAACACACCCGACCGUGCGACAUUUUACCAGGGCGGCGAGAAGGGCUACAUCGACUAUCCUUUCGCGGACAGUGCUACGCUCUAA